AUGGCCCCUGACGCUGCAUCCCUCUCUCCGCCGCCGUCGCCGGCUCCUCCGGUGGAUACAACCAGUCGCGUUGACGUCUUCUGGCACGAAGGAAUGCUCCGACACAUCGCCGUCGAAGGCGUCUUCGACUCCGGACACGACCCUGGAUUCCUAGACGUAUUGGAGAAACAUCCUGAGAACGCAGACCGCAUCAGGAACAUGGUUUCGAUUCUCAAACGUGGUCCUAUCGCUCCUUAUGUCAAUUGGUUCACCGGUCGUCCUGCAAUCGUAUCAGAGCUUCUAAUGUUUCACACUUCAGAAUACAUUAAGAAGCUAAUGGAGGCAGAUAAAUCAGGAGAAAGGUGUGAAAUUGCUGCAGGUACUUUCAUGAGCUCAUGUUCAUGGGAAGCUGCUCUUCUUGCAGCUGGAACUACUAUAUCAGCAAUGCAACAUAUUCUUGACAGCCAUGGGAAAAUAGCAUAUGCUCUGGUACGACCACCAGGACACCACUCACAGCCUACUCAAGCUGAUGGGUAUUGCUUCCUCAACAAUGCUGGUCUUGCAGUGAAGCUGGCGUUGAAUUCGGGUUCUUGUUCUCGAGUUGCGGUUAUUGACAUUGAUGUGCACUAUGGAAAUGGCACUGCUGAAGGGUUUUACAGGUCUGAUAAGGUUCUCACAGUGUCGCUUCAUAUGAAUCAUGGUUCAUGGGGCUUGUCUCACCCGCAGAAAGGGUCCAUUGAUGAACUUGGUGAAGAUGUUGGAUUGGGUUAUAACCUGAAUGUCCCUUUGCCUAAUGGCACGGGUGAUCGGGGUUACGAGUAUGCCAUGACUGAGCUCGUGGUUCCUGCGGUUAGAAGGUUUGGACCCGAUAUGGUUGUUCUGGUUGUUGGUCAAGACUCCAGCGCUUUUGAUCCAAAUGGGAGACAAUGCCUGACGAUGAGUGGAUACCGAAGAAUUGGGCAGAUAAUGAGAGGAAUUUCAGAAGAGCAUAGCCAUGGAAGGUUGCUAAUAGUUCAAGAAGGUGGGUAUCAUGUGACAUAUGCAGCUUACUGCCUCCACGCCAUGCUCGAAGGCGUGCUGAAUAUUCCAGAACCGCAUCUACCUGAUCCGAUCGCUUAUUAUCCUGAAGACGAAGCUAUAGCUUUUGCAGCUGUGAAAUCUAUCAAAAGAUACCAAUCGGAAUUUGUUCCGUUUCUGAGAGGAGCUUCAAGCUGUGUCGAGUGA